AAUAAGCAAAUAAAUAAAAAGCUACGAGCAAAUGGAAAUUUAUGGUCUUCUUCGUCCUCUAAACGAAAGCACUGGGCAAUCGAUAUUGGGCCCUUGAUUUAGCUUUGAUCUUGUUUCCUGCUUCUUUAAGAAACUUUGCUUCUGACUUGGUGGCAACUCUACUUCUUGAAUCAGUCGUAUGCUCUACCACUAUUCUCAAUCAAGUUCAAGGAUUUAUGGCGAUUUGGCCUGGGCUUUGCCUAAAAUGUACUUUGGGGCCCCAUAAAAGGUUUUGUGAGACACCUUGAGUUGGGCUCGCAUCUGGAACCUCUGAUGCUAAACGAAUAAGGAGAAGAAAGAAAACUUUUGGUUUUUUUUUUUUUUUUUUUAAGGGAAAAUGUUGGACGGUGGUCCAAAAUUCACUGGAAUUAUAGGCCUAAACAACCAUGAUUAUGAUUUGUCACAGGGAUUUUACCAUAAGCUCGGUGAGGGUUCCAACAUGUCCAUAGACAGUUUUGCUAGUUUGCAGACAAGCAAUGGUGGAGGAUCUGUCGCAAUGUCUAUAGAUAACAGCAGUGUUGGUUCAAAUACGAAUGAUUCGCAUACUCGCAUCUUGAACCACCAAGGGUUGCGACGUCGUGCAAAUGACAACUACUCUGUUGCACAGAGUGUUAACCGACGAGGAAGAGUUACACAUGCCCUAAGUGAUGAUGCAUUGGCCCAAGCCCUAAUGGAUAGCAAUUCCCCUACCUUGGGUCUCGAGAAUUUUGACGAGUGGACAAUUGAUUUAAAGAAGCUUAAUAUGGGGCCAGCUUUUGCCCAAGGGGCUUUUGGUAAGCUAUAUAGAGGUACUUAUAAAGGUGAGGAGGUUGCUAUCAAGAUCUUGGAGAGGCCAGAAAAUGACCCAGAAAAGGCACAGUUGAUGGAGCAGCAAUUUCAGCAGGAGGUUAUGAUGCUGGCCACAUUAAAGCAUCCCAACAUAGUUAGGUUUAUUGGUGCAUGUCGGAAACCAAUGGUAUGGUGCAUCGUCACAGAAUAUGCAAAAGGGGGUUCAGUCCGGCAGUUUUUGAUGAAGAGACAAAACCGUGCUGUUCCAUUGAAAUUGGCAGUAAAACAGGCCUUAGAUGUUGCCAGAGGAAUGGCAUAUGUCCAUGGGCUUGGGUUGAUUCAUAGGGAUUUGAAAUCUGACAACCUUUUAAUCUUUGGGGACAAGUCCAUUAAGAUUGCGGAUUUUGGUGUUGCACGCAUUGAGGUGCAAACUGAAGGAAUGACACCGGAGACAGGGACUUACCGCUGGAUGGCUCCGGAGAUGAUCCAACACAGGCCUUACACACAGAAAGUAGAUGUGUACAGCUUUGGGAUUGUCCUUUGGGAAUUGAUAACAGGAAUGCUUCCUUUCCAGAACAUGACAGCAGUGCAGGCAGCAUUUGCAGUCGUCAAUAAAGGUGUCCGUCCCAUUGUUCCGAAUGACUGCUUGCCUGUUCUAAGUGAGAUCAUGACACGGUGCUGGGAUGCCAACCCUGAUGCGAGGCCACCCUUCACGGAGGUUGUCAGGAUGCUGGAGAAUGCAGAAACUGAGAUAUUGACAACUGUGCGCAAGGCCCGCUUUCGAUGUUGUAUGACACAACCCAUGACUACUGAUUGAUAGGAGGAGGAGGAGGAUGAUGAGGAUGAUGUUGAAAAGUUCCAACAUGAAAGCAAACCCAAGUCUAGAGGAGAGACAGGAGCAAAGUAGUAGAUGGAAAAAGAUGGGGGUGGAGAAGGCCAUUUUAGAUCAUACGCCAUAGCCCGUGUACUUAAUCAGCUUUUAAUUUCUUUAUUCAGAUAGAAAAGUUGUGAUAAAAAAAAAAAAAAAAAAAACCUGUUGGUUUUGAGAUUUCUAUUGAAUGGAUUGCUGUCCGUGAAUUAGUAAUAGAAUAUCAGAUUUGAUGUGUAUGUAAUA